AUGAAAGGUCGUUAUAAACGACUUAAUGAAAGUGCUGGAAAAUGGGUUGGUGGUUAUCGAGAAGCGUAUAGAAAAAGAAGAAGUGGAAUGAGUAUGAAAGAUGUUGAGAAUGAAGCUCAUAAGUUAUAUGAGACAACUGGAAGCAAGUUCAAUGACACGAUUGUGUUUAAUGAGGUUAUGUGUAAGCAUCGAAAAUGGGAUCUACAGCUAGAUCAUGAUGCAACACGAUCACGUCCUGAAUAUGAAGUGGAUGAUGAAGAAAGUGGUGGUAGCACAAAAAGAUCAAGGUCUACUGAAGAAGGAGACUAUUGUGUCCAAUCGAACAAAGAAGGGGCAAGUAUUGGUGGUUCAACAAUUAAACGUCCAACAGGUAGAGAUGCAGCUAAAAGAAAAGAAAAAAGGUAA